AACGGAGCUACGAGGUCUUUGUCCACCAGCGUGUGGCGGAUGCUGUCACCUGUGGGGGAGUGCACCCCUGAGGCUGUAUUUGUUAGCUGAGCACCAGGGGAGGCGUAGGUCGGCCUUUUUCUGUGCUGGCUGCUUCGACUUGUGUUUGUACGUAGCCACUGCUCAUGUAAUGCAAUCCCUUAGCCAGGAAAUUAAAGCAUUCUCCCGGAAUAAUCUCAGGAAGCAAUGCACCCGAGUGACAACGCUAACUGGAAAGAGAAUUAUAGAAACAUGGAAAAAUGCCAGAAUUCAUGUUGUGGAAGAAAUAGAGCCGAGCAGUGGGGGUAGUUGUGGUUAUGUGCAGGACCUUAGUUUAGACCUGCAAGUUGGUGUUAUUAAGCCAUGGUUGCUCCUGGGGUCACAGGAUGCUGCUCAUGAUCUGGAUACAUUGAAAAAGCACAAGGUGACUCAUAUUCUCAAUGUUGCAUAUGGAGUUGAAAAUGCUUUCCUCAGUGACUUUUUGUAUAAGAGCAUUUCUAUUUUGGAUCUGCCUGACGCCAAUAUCCUGUCUUAUUUUCCAGAAUGUUUUGAGUUUAUUGAACAAGCAAAAAUGAAUGACGGAGUGGUUCUUGUUCAUUGUAAUGCAGGAGUUUCCAGGGCUGCUGCAAUUGUAAUAGGCUUCCUGAUGAGUUCUGAAGACGUCUCAUUUACCAGCGCUUUUUCUUUGGUGAAAAAUGCCAGGCCUUCCAUGUGUCCAAAUGCUGGCUUCUUGGAGCAGCUUCGUACAUAUGAAGAAGUCAAAGCAAGCAAUAAGUGUGACAAAAUACAGGAAUUAGAAGGGCACAACAGUUCAUGAGUUAUAUUCUAGCAGAUACUGGACAACUGUAAUUUCUGAAUUGGCCUCUACAGCCACCUGUCUGCUUUUUUUGGAUUGUAAACUUGUAAAAAACUUCUUUUUCUCUUGCUUUUUUCAAGUGGAUGUGGAGGUCAAUUGAUUGUUCUGAGCUAGUGUAUAAAUAAAAUUUUUAAUUGUU